ACGUCCACCAUUGGUAUGCUUUAUUUGUUAAUUACAAGAAAUUAGAUUCCAUUUAUUUUUGACAAGUUGUAAAUAACUUCUCAACCAUACAUGGCAUAUAUUUUACGCAGCAGCCUCAAAAGGGUCAACACACAACAGCUAAGAAACUGCGUUAAAAUGUCCAGAACUUUGUCAAAACAAAUUGGGUAACUCACAUCAAAACGGAAUAUAAAAUACAAUAUAGCUGAAUAAUUGAAUAUUUAAACAGAAGCUUCCUCUAGUUCUCCAAUGACACAGGCCUGAAAAGACUCAAAACUCUCGCAUGUUUUAUGAAUAUUAAACUUAAUUAUCACCGUGGCUGUUAGAGUCAGACUUUUACGAGGAAGUAAAUAUAAUUAUGUAUAAAUACACACAUAUGCCAGUAGAAAUCUGUGCUUACCACGUACCUUUAAUUGCUCUCUUCUCAGGGCCUCAGGCUCAUUACUUUCUCUGCAGAUUAACUGCAGAAGAAGAAGAAGAAGAGAAACAAGAUCCGAUAUCUUGCCUCAUAGUAAUCCAUUAGUCCAUUAAAGUUUUCAUAAAAGAUGGGGUUUUGGUCAUUGUUGGAGGUGGCUUCUAUGCCAGUGAUUCAAGUCCUCAUAAUAAGUCUUGUUGGAGCUUACUUGGCCACUGAUCGAUGCAAGCUCUUUCCUGUUGAAGCCCGUAAUUCCAUGAACAAGGUGGUGUUUGUAAUAUUUGCACCGGCUCUCAUGUUUGCAAAUCUAGCCCAGACGGUCACACUUCAGGACAUGGUCUCAUGGUGGUUUAUGCCGGUGAAUAUGGGACUUACAUUCUUAAUCGGAGGACUUCUUGGUUGGAUGGUUGUCAAGAUUCUGAAACCACCUCCUUAUCUUGAAGGUCUUAUUGUUGCAACUUGUUCUUCAGGAAAUAUGGGGAACCUACCAAUCAUACUUGUCCCAGCAAUCUGCGACGAGGACAAGAGUCCAUUUGGUAACCGUAGUGUAUGCAGAACCGUUGGUCUCUCUUACGCGUCUUUCUCCAUGGCGCUAGGGGGUUUCUACAUAUGGACUUACACAUUCCGGCUUAUAAAAGGAUCGGCAAUGAAGUUCAAAGAGAUGGAAGAAUCUGAGAAAACAGCAAUCAAAUCAUCCAAUAGUGACUUAGAGGCUGAUCACAAGACCAAACUUCUAGGUGCACCUGAAGGCGAGCUCGUAAAGAAAGAGACAGGGUUUUGGAGAAAAGGAGUUGACUUCCUCCAUGAAAUAUUGGAGGAGCUUCGUGCACCACCUACAGUUGGUGCAAUCAUCGGUUUCAUCUUUGGCGCUGUCACAUGGCUCAGAAAUCUUAUCAUUGGUGAUGAUGCUCCUUUAAGAAUAGUCCAAGCCACAGCAAAACUUCUUGGCGAUGGGACCAUUCCUUGUAUGACAAUUAUACUAGGAGGCAACCUCAUUCAAGGUUUACGUUCUUCGGCAGUCAAACCGGUGGUUGUUCUUGGAAUAGUGUGUGUUCGCUACAUAAUUCUCCCAAUCAUUGGCAUAGGCGUUGUAAAAACAGCUGAGAGUUUCGGGUUUCUCCCAGCGGAUCCUCUGUUUCAGUAUGUUUUAAUGCUUCAGUUCACACUCCCACCUGCCAUGAAUAUCGGUACCAUGACACAGCUGUAUAAUGUUGGACAAGACGAGUGCUCAGUGCUCAUGCUUUGGACAUACUUGAUCGCCAUUCUUGCCCUCACUGUUUGGUCCACAAUCUUCCUUCACUUGUUAGUCUAGACAAAACCUGCGAAGCACAACGGAGACAAUGAGGAAAACAUGUGCUAAUGCCCUCUCUUGUCAAAGGGUUCUUUACCAUUUGUUUAUUUGUCUAUCAUAUAAAAGCUUGAUAGAUUUUUUUGUUUGCAUUUCUACAAGUAUUCAUUUUUUUCCCUAUUGCAAACACAUAAAUUGUAUCAUGUAUUAAAUCUGUUUAAUGAAAAAGGCUGUUGUCCUUCA